AUGUCUACAGCUACAGAAAAUCCAUCAACUAUUUCUAAGUCAGAAUUAACAAUGAAAUCAUCAUUUUAUCCUACAACUAACAUUCGACGUAAAUGGUGGAAAGAAUCUGUAGUAUAUCAAAUUUACCCACGAUCAUUUCAAGAUUCUAAUGGAGAUGGAAUAGGUGAUAUAAGAGGUAUUCUUCAACGACUUGAUUACAUAAAAAAUCUUGGAGCUGAUAUUAUUUGGAUUUGUCCAAUUUUUAAAAGUGCAAAUGAUGAUAAUGGAUAUGAUAUAUCUGAUUAUCAAGACAUCAUGGAUGUAUUUGGUACAAUGGAAGAUGUUGAUGAACUUAUAAAACAAGUUCAUAAUCGAAAUAUGCGCAUCAUUUUUGAUCUUGUUUUAAAUCAUACAAGCGAUGAACAUCCAUGGUUUAUCGAAUCUCGAUCAUCACUUACAAAUCCAAAACGUGAUUGGUACAUAUGGAGAGAUGGUAAACCUGGUGGUCUUCGUCCAAAUAAUUGGGAAAGUAUUUUUAAUGGUUCAGCUUGGGAAUAUGAUAAAGAAACAGAUCAAUAUUAUUUACAUUUAUUUUCUCGUAAAAUGCCUGAUCUUAAUUGGGAAUCUGUCUUCCCAAUAAUUGUUGAUCCAUUUGCAUCAAAUCCUAUUCCCGUAUCAUUUCUUGAUAAAGAUCAACAAGCAUGGACUGUUGAAGCUUAUAUAGAAGAACAAUGUUUUAUUAUACGUUUAUAUUAUUCUGAUAUAUUUAAAAUUCCAACUGAUUAUGUUCGUUCAAUAUGUUUUAAUAUAACUGUACGUAAUCAUCGUGAUACAAAAAUCACUACAAGUGUUUUUCCAAAACCUGUAACAAAAUAUUAUUCACAAAAAGAUCAUGAUGAAGGUUUAGAAAUAAGUACAACAUUAGAUGUUGAUGAAUUAACUCAACGUGGUUAUUUAAAUGAACAACAAAGUGUUACAAUUGAAAUAGAAAUUUUCUUUUCUCAUUUAAUGUAUUCACCUGAAUAUACACCAUUAGAUGAUAUUGUUCGUAAACAAAAACAACAAAUUAUGCGUGAAUUACAAACAGCACAAAAUGAGAAUUUUCAAUUAGAAAAAAAAUUACAUGAACUUCAAAUGUCUAUACAAAAUCCGGCUAUAUCAAAUCGUUUAUCUGAUGUGGCUAAUGGACCACAAAGUGGUAUAAGCGCACCAAAUACACCAAAUGUUGUUCGAAAAUAUUAUGAAAUGAAAUAUGGUGAUAAAAGUUCAGCAGGUAAUCCACCAAUAUCAAUGUCUAAUAAUGCUGCAAGUUUUGAUGGUGCACAAUCCAAUAUGAAUUCCCUACCUGUUCGUAAUGGUGUUUUAUCUGGCAAAGGAUCAUCAGUAUCAACAUCAUCAAUAUCAUCUGUUCCACAACCAAAUGUAACAAUGGGUGCGCGUAAUACACCAUUUAAAUUUACAACUAAAUUACCUGAUUCAAUACAAAAUACAAUAGCUAAUACAAGUCAAUCAUUACAAUCAAAAUUCCCAACUAGUUUCCAAAAAUUACAAGCAAGUGUAACACAAGGACCAACUAUAAAUAUGCUUGCUAGUAAAUUACAAAAUGCGUUUUCAUAA